CCCAUGGAGCACUUUGUUACGACCUCCGCUUGUUUGCUUUCGCGGCUGAUUAUGAACAUUGAAUUUAGCCGGAUUCCCAGAGGAGACCGUUGUGACCAACUACCUUCUUCUUUUGACAAUUCACAUAUCAUCGGGAGCGCGCGCUAACCAACGAACAAGAGUCCCCUCAAAACCCCCUGGCAGUGUCAUAUAUGCGCGUGGGACGACGCCAAAGUAGCAAGAUGGACGAAACGUCUCCUAGAGACGGCCUCGAAACCUGUGAAGCCAAGUUCUGAUUUGAGAAACCCUCGACCAUGGAUCCAAUCAAAGUAGGCAUAAUCGGCUACGGCUUCUCGACCAAAUGCUUCCAUCUACCAUUCAUCCUGGCCUUGCCUGACCGCUUCACAGUGGUCGCCUUCUUCCAACGCACAGAAGCUCCCGAAGACCCGAAAUCUGUCCAGCCUGGCUCACAUUGCAUUGUAGAUCAUCCUGAGGCUAAGCACUACCGAACGGCCACUAAGUUCUUCGCCAAUCCGGAGAUCGAGGUCGUUAUUGUGUGCAGCAAGACCGAUACGCAUGCCGAGUAUGCAGAGAAGGCGCUGUUGGCUGGGAAGCAUGUGGUGGUCGAGAAGCCAUUCACCAGAACAACGCAGGAGGCUAAUGGGAUCAUAUCUCUUGCGAACGAAAAGGGACUGAUCUUGACGGUCUUCCAGAAUCGGAGAUGGGACUCCGACUUCAAAACCCUCAGCCAUCUCAUCCAAAACAACGCCCUUGGCGAGAUCAAGGAACUCGAGAUCCACUACGACGUCGACUUCCCCUUCUGGAUGCGCAACAUGAACAAGAAGGAGUACACGCCCGGCGAUGGGAUGAUGUUUGGCCUAGGGAGCCACACAAUCGACCAAGCCAUCCAACUCUUCGGCCGGCCCGAAUCCGUGACAUGUUUCCUCCGCGUCCUCCGGGGCAUCGAAAGCGACGUCGACGACUCGUUCACUCUGAUCUUGCAGUAUGAAAAGCCGCAACAAGACCUCCUCGUCACGAUCAAGACGAACGUUGCGAGUUGCAUGCAGGACCAGUUGAAGUAUUUCGUCCGCGGGACCAAAGGGUCUUAUGUCAAGCACGGAACGUGUAUCCAAGAACAGCAAAUCUUUGACGGCAUGGCGCCCACCGACGCGGAUUUCGGCAUCGAGCCGUCUCGCCUCCACGGCCUGCUGACCACGAGCACUGUCUUCGACGAGAAGAGCCAAGGCCUCGAGCCUAACUCGAAGAAGUAUAUUGGUCGAUAUCCCACAAUCCCAGGACGAUGGCUAGGCUUCUAUGAGAACCUCGCGGACGCCAUUCGUGGCAAGGUCCAGAUUGCCGUCAAGGCUCAGCAGUCUCGCGACGGGAUCCGGACAAUUGAACUGGCGAGGCUGAGUCACGAAAAGGGGCAGACUCUUCCUUGGGCUUGACAUAGAUACGGAGACAGAGAGGCAUACAUUUCCCCUAAGCAGGAAAUCAGUAUACUUAAAGGUUGGGACAUCCCUCGGGAAGAAAAACGAGAUUGAACUAUUGUGGCUCAUGACC